AUGGUGAGACGAGAGCUUAUAGUUCAGAGAUCAGUUGAUGAGAAUCAGUUGAAUUCUUUCUGUGAUAUUUUAACACUGUUGAGUGAGGUUGGCCUUCUGAAGACUGUAACAUCUAUUUGUCCCUACUCGAAGUUGUUGACCUACGAGUUUUACUGCAAUCUGAAUGAGGAAAUUGACAACCUUACUAGAACACAGUGCCAUCAGAUUUCUAUCAGAGGGCAGUGGUAUGUGUUCGGCCCGGACAUGAUCAAUGACUACUACGGGUUGAAGGCUGUUGACGAAGAAGAAAUUACAGAUUGGGAUUUGGUUGCAAGGACUCUUACUGGUGGUCAGACUCCAGUACGGCUUACAUGUGAUAUUGACACUCUGUCUAGCUCGGUGCUUACCUCCAAAUAUGUUAUCCUGCAUCGUAUUGCACUGCACAAUUGGCUCCCCUCUGCACAUUUUCAUACUGUUGGGAAGCAACUGGCUGCUCUCUUGUUCCGAAUUGGCACCAAAAUGUCCAUUGAUCUGGGGAAGUGGAUCUUCUAUCAUUUUCUCACCCUGAUUCAUCCGAGGGAACAGAAGGUAAGACUGCCUUAUCCUAAUCUUAUCUUUGGAGUUCUGACGUCGCAGGGCCUAGUACCAACGCCAAGUGAGAUUAUUACUCCAACUCUGCUCUACACUGUUGAUCCGCGACUCUUGAUUGGCAAGCAUAUCUUAGAUGUUGCACCUGUUAAUGCUCCUCCAUCUUCUGACGUUGACACUACUGUUGAGGACUCGCCACAUGCGAGGGAUGUUCAGCCGUCCCUACGUCUGAAGGCUCGGGUGUCUGAGCUAGAGAUCGUUAAUGGCAUUAUCACGAAUCAGCUCAAUGCAGCCCAUACUGAACUUGCGACUGUUCUGCUUCGAUUAAGCUUGACCGAGUCUGCUGCUGCUGAGACUGUGAAGUCUGAUAGUGAAGGUCCCUCGAAUGCUUAA